AUGAUGCCAAAUAGAGCUAAUGGGGUGCCCGAGGCACAGGACGAUCGGGAUGAGAGGGAGGCAUUGGGAGUUCCAGAUAAUAAAGCGGCGCCCAAUGAACAAGAUGAAAAUAGGAUAUUUGGGGAGGCGGAUGAAGCAGGGAAUAACGAAAAUGGAGGGCUCGGCGUACGAGAUCUUGGACUGCCGAAUGGCUACCAUCGUGAAGGCGAUGAGAACGAAGUGCCGGAAGAUCCGGAUAAUGAGCGAGAAGGUUCACCAGCGAGCGACAUAUGGAACGUAGAUGGUCAUGAUUCGCCGGAAGGUCCGUAUGAUCCGGUCCUAGGGUUAGGCGCCCGUCGCCUAACCCGUAGGGAGGACAUGAUGCUCUAUCUUCGCUUGCAUGCGCUCGAGCGGGCGCUACAAGUGGAGGAUGAAGGCGAAUUUGAUGAAGAUGAAGAAGUGGCACCUCUACUGGGGCCGGACGCUGGAUUUCCCAGUAUCUACCCUCGACUAGGGUGUGUAGUGUGUGGCGUAAACGGCCACAGGACCUGCGAGUGUAGGGUCCACUUGGAGUUCGUCGAUCGCGUACGGGUCGUACAUGCGUAUCGCCUGUGUGGGCGAUGCGCCGAAUUCCACGAAGGAAGUAUGUGUAUGAACCAUCUUCGCUGUGGGCGCUGUGGGCGGGAGAACAGCCACCCAACGUUCCUGUGCCCGAGGCCGUUCCCGAACGAGUGA